GUUGCAACCCCCAAUUGAACCGAGUCCCCAAUCGUACCGAGUCUAGCGGAGACUGUUAGGUGUGAAAACAACCUAAAAUUAUGUCCAAAAAUAUGAACUAUCCCUGUAAAACAAAAAACAACAAAAAACCUGUUGCUAAAGGAGGCCUCUGAUGCACUCGUGGCACGCUGGCACCUCAGUGUUCCUCACUUUGUGUGUCCUGAUUUCAUGGCUUUGAGUGACAGCUCCUGCUGCAGCCGGGGCAGAUACAGGCUUCAAGACAAGGGGCACAAAGGCCAGGCAGGGGAAGAUGGUGUCCAAGAAGACGGGGAAACUGAUCCAGAAAAAUACAGCAGCAAACCGUUCAUGUUGUUUUAAGGAGAAGAAGCCACGCAGCAGCUGUCAGUCACCAGGCUGAUUGUGAAGUUUGCUAAAUGGACUGGGUCAUAAAUAUUUAGAGGCACACUGAUGUGUCUCCUGCGAGAGCUGGUCGUCCUGGGAAUCUGAGGUCCUGACCUUACUGAGGGCUGAGAAAUGACAUGUGGAGAAGAUAAAGAAGGAUGAAAGAACUGCUGCUUUCCUUUCGUUGCAUCCCUAAGUCAAGUCGAUGUGUAAGAACAAGAAGAAGCAGAAGAAGAGGAAGAAGAUGGGAGGGGGAGAGGGACUGACAGAGGCGACACUGUGAGAGGACAGAGGAGCACACUGAGUGUGAACAGUCAGCGUAGGUAGAGUGCCUGAAUAACGCCGCUGCUUCACCACAAGCCCAGAGACAUGGGGAGAAAGACGAUUCACACGUAAAAAGGAGAGACGCCCAGUAACGCAUUGCAAAGAGUGUUGCAACUGUUUUGGGCAACAGGAGCCUGUGGGGCCAGGAAGAGAGCAGCUGAGCCUGAGUAAUGGAGCUCGAAGUGACCAGCAGGCAAGCGCAGUUAUUCAGGAUGGACGAUCCGGAGAGAGUGAGCCAAGCUUCCAGUGUGGCCACAAUUUCCUACUUUCCAGUCAGGAAGGAAAGUCUUGGAAAGGUGCAAGCAUUUGGAAAAAGAUGCCAGGCUGCCAAGAGAGACCCAAACUGCCCUGUAGUCAUCAGAGGAUGGCUAAACAAAAAGGAUAGUUCUGGUUUAAAGCUUUGGAAGAGACGGUGGUUUGUCCUCUCCAACUAUUGUCUGUUUUACUAUAAAGACAGCAGAGAGGAGUCUGUGCUCGGCAGCAUUCCACUCCCGAGCUACAGAAUCCUGCUCUGCUCACCGCGAGAAUGCAAGAACAGGAAGUUCACCUUCAAGGUGGUGCACCAGGGAAUGCGCUCCUAUUUCUUCAGCGCUGACACUCAGGAGGAUAUGCUGGGUUGGGUCCGAGCCCUUAGCCAGUCGGCUGCCAUGGACGCAGAGAGCUCCAUGAACAGGCGCUGCACCAGUUAUCAGGAUUUCACACAAAUCGGCGGCAGCAGUGAAUCAGUGGACUUCCCCAAAGCCCCCUCGGAUGGAGAGGGUCCCGCCCAGAAUCACAGGCACGUCAGUAGGACUCUGAGCGAACCCAGUCAGCUCUCUGGUGGAAGGAUGGGGGAGUCGCAAAGGGGGAGGCGGAGAGCGCGUCACAGAAACAGCAGCCCUUCAGACAGAACACCCAGUCCUCCUGAAUUUAGCAGAAGAGCGUAUGGUCCAAAUCUAGAGGAGGAUGGUGACCAGAACACACCGCCCACACAUAUGGAGUUGAUGGGAAUGGGUUCUCUGACCUCCAGAGGUCAUCUGGGGUCACGACCUCAUACACCAGUGGGAAGGGUUGACAUUCGACCUCACGAUGACCUGGUCUUGAUGCCACAGACUCUAUACUACACACCCUCCUCACCUAAGCUGGAGUUCAAAUCCACUCCGACUACUCCAGGCUCAGAAAGGUGGCAAAACCUAAACAAGCCCACGGCCACAUAUGGUUCAGUUCAUCAUCCCCCGAGUGGAAGAAGACUAGCAAAGCGCUGCUCUGCAGGAGCACAGACAGACUUACUGCCCCCUUUGCCUCCCUUAUCGAGGGCUGCGCACGCUCCGCACCCACCGCACCACCACCACCAUCAUCACCACCACCGCAGCCAUGUAUCUGUCUGUGUGCUACCGCCUGCAAUGGCCCCAAAGCCUGACCCAAGGGAAACGCCACCAAUCAGACCUCUUGAAAGUGAUGCAGAUACUGUGUUGACCAGGUUAUGUGGGUGUGAUAAGCUGCUACAGUCACUGUCCGUGGAACUGGCCCAGCUACAGAUGGAUAAGGAUAGUGUCCAGUGUGCUUUAGAGGUGUCCAGACUGCAGCUGGAUGAGUGGCAGAGCCAGGGGCCGCGGGCCCUGGAUGAAGCUCUGACCCAUAAGGCUUUGCUCCAGGAAGACCUGGUCACAAUCCGAGCGAGAAUGUGUGACGUGUCAUUGGAAAUGGAGAGGGUGUGGAGUCAAUAUGAGAGAAUGGAGAGUGAACUUUCUGUUAUACGCUCACACCUUCAGCAUAUCUGUAACUUUGGAAUGCCUCAGGAUCAAUCUCAGGCUCAGAGAGAACUGUGGAUGAUGGAGGACAUCUUGGCUGGACUGAAGGUCAACAGGGAUCAUUUCCGAUUUUUGCUGGGACUACAGAGACACCACAUGUUCCAGUCAACAGCGCCACAUUCUGUGUCUCCUGGCUCGCCCGCAGAGAGGCAACACAGUGACCUGACGACGGAUGUGGAACAGGAGCCACCAGUUCGCCCCGCAUUACCCCGGGAGCUCCUGCAGAGCCAGGACCGAGGCCAUGGCUACACUGAGUCACCAUAUGAGGGAUUCUACAGCCCCUCUGUUGAGGCUGCACAAAGAAGAGGGAGAAGCCACGCUGACCGGAGAGAUGCAUCCGAAUCUCAGCCUGACUCCAGCUGGAACCAACCAGACACGACCAAGAACAUAAGGAUGAGUGAAGAAGAGCAGAUUGAGAGGAUGAAGAGAAAUCAAGAGCGGUUGAGUCAUCACAAGAAGCCUCCCAUACCUGCUGCCAGUGCUCAGAGUCAAGGUUCAGAACCACGAGAGGCUCCCUUUCCUUUAAGGGUGACUCGUGUUGUAACGGCAGUGCUGCCGUCCUCUCUCGUGGCCCGGCGUGUUUCUGUCGAGGAUCCUCCGGCUGAGCUUGAUAAUUCCCUGCCUGAGCAGAUCCCACCAGAGCAGAGUAAAACAAUUUUAAAUACGCUGCCUCGGCGUCUACUGCUGGAGAGUCCUGACAAUAAACGGUCCUCUGCUGCAGAAACGCACCAGGAUCAGCCGGUUAAAAAGACGAGCAGGCAGCAGUAUCCGGGAGCACUGAGGUCUCCCAAGAAGAAGUCAAGGCCAGACGUGAGGAGAGCAGAGUCCACCGAGUCCUCGAGAUACGCACGUGUAGAGAAUGGAAGAAUAAGCCGAGACGUCAUGGCGGCGGAACAACCCUCUGCCCCCCUGACAUCUGACAUGGACCUGGAACUCUGUCUGACCCCCGAGCAGCGAGAUGCCAAACUCCGACGUGUGAAACGAAUAAGGGAGAGGGUCAUACAAAGUGCAGUCAGAGAGAGUGUAACUACAUGCAGUCAAGUGGCAACAGGGGAGGAGGUGCAGGAAGUUCCCCAGAUGCCUCCUGACAAAGUAAGAAAGCAAAGGAUAAAAUCAGAUCCUGAAAAGCAACCAUCUGUUGGUGGCUGUGAUAACACGAGAGGUCCUGCACAGCUUCAGCUUUCUAGUGGAACAUCUCAGGAUGAAGAUGACAGAGAUGGACCUGUGAAAAAAUCUCAAAGUCAGUGCAAGUUUGGGGACAAAACAAAACACAAUAAGGAUUGCAGUGGAAGAACAGGUGUUGCCAGAGGGAGAGUCAAGCGUCCAGUGUCACCCUAUCAUAUCUCAUCCAUGACUGUCUACCAAAAAGAUGGAGGCAAAGGAUUUGUAAGUUGCAAGGUUGAGGAGGAGAAAACCCCUGAAGAACCUUCUGCUGAUGAUAGUGAAGCACAUUCCACAUCUUCUGAUCUGAGGGCCAAGUGGUUCCUUUCCACCAAUCAUUGGCAGGGCUUCAUACCUUUGCAGAUGCAUGGCAUAGAGUCACUGUGCAGUGAGGAGAUGACCGACAGGGAACAGCAGCCAGCAUGCUCUGAUGAUGCGACUGAUUGUGGUGAAAUGUCAUCCACGGUGUGUGAAAGUUUAGAAAAAAUGAAAGAGAACCAUUCCCUCUUCUAUAAGAUCGCAUGCGACAUCAGCAUCUCAGAUACAGACAUAACAAAGAACGAUGGGAAUACUAAUGUCCAGUUGCCAUGUGGGUCAGAGGAGGAAGAACUGUUGAUAACUGAAUCUGUUGCCGAUGAUGCGGAGAGACGGCCUGACCAUGAGAGCAGCCUGUGUUUGCCAUCAGACGUUAAUGAAAGCAGUAUCUCAACAGAUGACAAAUUCCAGAGUUCAACAGUGGGAAUCCAGAGCAAAGCAGCAUUCAACACCAGUCCAGCAAAAGAGACACAUGUCCUUGGAAAGAUCCAACAGAAAGAACGUGAAGAUACCACGAGGAAAGAGAGCCUCUUGAACGCUGAAGAAAGUGAUGUCGGAGCUUUAGCCGAUGUUGAUUCUGAGCCGACGCUGGAUGAAUAUGUCAAGGGAAAAAAACAGGGUUUAGAGAAGGAGUCAGAAGAUGUGAAGAUGGACCAAGAGAGGUGUGAGGAGCCAAAGGAAUCCCAUUGUCCAAGUGAGGAGAACAAAGAGACAGUUCAAGAACUAUGCAACAACAACAGCUCCAUCACUCCAUCCAGCUCUGUGUACAAAGGCAAAGGUAUAAUCCGGAGUGCUUCUUUUGGGAAGGCUCGAGUAACAGUAAUAAGGACAAGUCUGUAGGAGUAAGAACAGGAAAGGUUUAAAGAGCUUAGGAAGGACAAGAACAUAGUGAGGUGAUUAAUUGUCAAGAAAAAUGCUCCAGGGGAGGAUGUAAAGUGACUGAGGUGAAACUAGACCUAACCUAGAGGUAGAAGUGGUAAAAUGGGAACAUAAAGUGUCAGAAAAUGACAUAAUGCUUGCUAAACUUAAACAUUUCCACGUGGUUAGAAAAUGGAUGUAGAUAAAACUGAGAAUAUCAUCAAUACAAAAUGUCUGAAUGCAAACAGUGCUCUUGCACGUAUUGAAUGUGGUUGCAUAAGGUUUUUAAACAUAGCUUGAAUGAAAUGAAAUGAAAUGAAAUGAAAUAUUAAGUUCUGUAGCUUACUGCACGGUGCGUGCCGCUGAGCCGAGAACCAGCUUGAGAAGUGGACGCUCGCUCCCUUUGAAAACAUGGCCUCCAGCAAGGACACAGCAUUCAGGGACGCUGGUUUAAUGUGUGACGUGUUGAGGAAAUGAAUGCCACUUUACCUCAUUGAUCGCCGCUCACUCUCCAGCACCAAACUCUAUCAGGAAAAUCCGAUUUUACAUCACAGCUCACAGGAGAAGUUUGUUGUUUUGUGACUUUGGUGUUUGAAAUCCUUAGUUCAGAUUCACCUUCACUUUCACACUUGACAUUACAGUAACAACAUUUUAAUGGGAUGGUAAUAAGUUAUUAAUUUGGUAGUAGUAUUGUGGAUAAGAUAAAUACAAUUCUAGGUCAUUCAUGUUUUAAAUACAAAAAUGAUUACACCCUUAAAAUCAAGUCGGCUUCACAACUCCCUGUGGAGCUUAUAUAGGUUCUCUACGGAGUUUGGUGCAGGAGAGUGAGCAGUCAGAAAAGGUCUCGCCUUAUAGCGUGACAAACAGGAUUUUAUUACACUUUUAUUAGGUGUAGCUACACGUUUCCUUGUUUCCUCUUCAGUGGCAGCCGUGUUUCAGUGGGAGCAAGCUUCUGUGUCUUAUGGCGUGUUUCCACCGACUCGACUUGCCUCGGCAUGACACGGUUAUCUUGCGUUUCCACUAGUGUUUUUUUGUGCUCCGGUCAUGGAGGAAGUACUGAACAAAGAGUUUUA